AGUAGCUAGGUUUCCUGGCCAGGACGCAGCAGCAGGAAUAAAAGAGAGGACACUUUGUCCGAUCGGUCCAUCGCGCAUCGCCUCUGCUAUCUCGCCUCUCAGAUCUUGCCGCGCUGCGCAGCGCCUGGAGCUCGUCAUUGUGAUCGCGGGUAGGAGCAGGGGAUUUCUCGCUCUCGGGUCGCUGGCCCUGUGUAUCUUGCAGCUCGGAUCGGUCGCAUUGCGUCGCACCAUGACGAAUUUCUGACAGUAACAAAGAGGAAGCAAAGAACAAGGCAUCGAGAGGUAUGGCGACACACGAGCAUUGCUGCGGUCCUACUUUCUGGGGAUACAUCGCCAUCAUCGUUGCUAUUGUCGCGUUUGCCGGUUUGAUGUCCGGCCUCACUCUGGGUCUCAUGUCUCUGGAGCUUGUGGAUUUGGAGGUGUUGAUCAAGUCGGGCAAGGAGAAGGAUCAAAAGCACGCAGGGAAGAUCUAUCCUGUCGUUAGACGGCAACACCUUCUUCUUUGUACUCUUUUGAUUUGUAAUGCUCUUGCGAUGGAGGCUCUUCCAAUCUUUCUAGACUCGUUGGUUCCGGCUUGGGCUGCCAUUUUGAUAUCUGUGACACUGAUUCUUUUAUUUGGAGAGAUUUUUCCUCAGGCAGUGUGCUCAAGGUAUGGAUUAGCUGUUGGAGCGACCAUGGCUCCUUUCGUUCGUUUGCUCUUGGUCUUGUGUUUUCCGGUUGCGUAUCCCAUUAGUAAGCUUCUCGAUGCCACACUUGGCAAGAACCAUUCGGCACUGUUCCGGAGGGCUGAACUGAAAACACUUGUUGGCUUCCAUGACAAGGAGGCCGGAAAAGGAGGCGAAUUAACUCACGAUGAGACGACUAUAAUCACUGGCGCUCUGGAGCUGACCGAGAAAACUGCAAAGGUUGCGAUGACACCUCUCUCCUCUACAUUUUCAAUUGAUGUGAACGCAAAGCUUAACCAGGAAACCAUGACUGCGAUUUUGACAAAAGGCCACAGUCGUGUACCUGUGUAUUCUGGUAAACCAACAAAUGUAAUCGGCUUGGUCCUGGUAAAAAAUUUGUUGAGUAUACGACCUGAAGAUGAGACGCCAGUUCGAAACGUGACGAUACGCAAGAUUCCUCGGGUGCCAGAGUCCUUGCCACUGUAUGAUAUACUGAAUGAGUUUCAAAAGGGACACAGUCAUAUGGCCGUGGUCGUUAAAGAUGGCGCCGAAAGUUUCAAGAAGGGGUUAGACCGUAGGCUAAGCUCGAAGAGGCUUGUGAAGAAUGCCAAUGGCUUACUAACAACGCAGGCCUCGCAAAAGUUCAACGUUGCGGUGGACAUAGACGGCGAUCCCGGAAGCGAGCCAGUGCUUGUAAGGAAGCUCACCAAAGGCGAGUCGGUCGACCAGCGAAGACAAAACUGGCAGAGAGCCCGAACGGACGACAUACUGGACGUUGGUCCCGCGCUGUCAAAGCUCUCUGCCGACGACGAGGCCGUGGGGAUCAUCACAAUGGAGGACGUCAUUGAAGAGCUCUUACAGGAAGAGAUAUGGGACGAAACAGACGAAUACGUUGACAUCCACAACAAGAUCAAAGUUAACAUGCUACCACCCGAGGACAAGUCCCCAUCCCCAUCGGCACUCUCCUCAGCCUUUCCAACAGCAGCAGCCUCGCCUUUAUCAUCGCUCCAGCCAACGCCGAGCUUCACGUCCCCAGUCCCAUCUCUCCAGCACACUCCAGCCCCCGACUCUCCCCAGAGUCCACACCUGUACGCUCCGGGGCCUACGCCCACCAAGCUCGCUUCCCCAUGCACGCCACGCGAGGCCUCAUCGCCAGCCUCCUCCUUUGCAAACUUACCGCCGCAUGGCUCCCCCGGGAGAAUGACACCACUGCCAAGAUCACCCGCCUCUAGGAAUCGACACAACCAGCAGCAGCAGCAGCAACAGGAGCUCAGAAGUGAUGAAACUAGUCCACAGCGAUCCACAGGGUCCCCACUCUCUUACGUGAAACUCGAUAAGAAUCCGGGGACCGAUUAACUAAGUUAUCAACACAGGAGAGAGGAAGGAAAACAGCACUAUCCUAGAGGUACCUUUCCCGAAAGCGGCCCAAAAGCUUGUUUGUUGUCCAUUAUCCCUUCGCGUUGUUGUAAACUAGUAUAUAGUCGCCUUCGCCUGGAAACAUCCAGAAGAAAGAGGAAGAUAUAUAUAUAUAUAUAUCUUGUAUCGCGUCAAGAGAAAAGAGAGAGAAAAAAAAAGACCAGACAAAAGGAGUGAUAUUUCAAAUAUAAAGCGAGAGCUUUAUUUACUGUUAGCAA